AAAUGCGGAAGGAGGAAGAAAAAGGGGCUAAAGUUAGCAACAUUUUAGCUUGUUGAAGUAGUCGCAGAAAGACGAAGAUGCUGAAAGAGUUGAUAAGGACGCGACUAAUAGCGGCUGCUGAUGAAAUCUUCGAGCUGUUUGAGAGAACAAUGGCGUCGUACGAGGAGGAACUUUCUCGAACGCGGGAGGAAAAGGCGCGACAUGGACAACAACUGGAAGAUGUGUACAAAACACACAUCGUGAUACAAAGUGAAGGAGACCAGCAGCCCCCCCACAUUAAGGAAGAAGCGAAGGACCUGUGGACCAACCAGCAGGGAGAGGGUCUUCUAGAGGCGGAGGAGGAGGAUCUCGGCAAGUUGCCACUGACUGUUGUCUCUGUGAAGGCGGAGGACGACGAAGACGAGCCACAAGCAGACGACCUCUUCUCUCCACUGGCAGACAGCGACGAGACGUCGCACUCUCACGGGGAGGACGACGGGGACGACGUCCGGGAACCUUUGAGUAGCGAUACAGACUGUGAAGGUGAUUUGAGGACCCACACUGGCAUGGAACUCUCUGAUUGCCCCGAAAAGGAAUCCGGUAUGGAAUGUUUUGCCUGCUCUUUUUGUGCUAAAAGCUUCUCCGAUAAGACCGCUGUGACUCGACAUAUGAGAACGCACACAGGAGAAAGACCCUUCAGUUGUUCCGUUUGCGCCAAGACCUUCUCUCGGAAGUUCCACAUGCUCUCGCACAUGAGAACGCACACGGGAGAAAAACCCUACAGGUGCUCAAUUUGCGGUAAAGGAUUCAACCACAAAGGGAAUAUGGAGUCUCACAUGAGACUGCACACGGGGGAGAAACCUUUUCCUUGCCCGAUAUGCGACGAAACCUUCAUUAGAAAGGUUUCCUUGAUUGUCCACCAAAGGACGCACACCGGGGAAAAACCCUUUGGUUGCUCUGUCUGCGGCAAACAGUUCUCUCAUAAGUCGUACAUGGUCAAACACAUGAGGACGCACACUGGAGAAAAACCUUUCAUUUGCACAGUUUGUGGCAAAGGUUUAGCUGUGAAGGCAUCUUUGAUCCGACACCAGAGAACACACGUUGGAGAAAAAAGUUAAUUGUUCAGUUUGGGAUGUAAGAUUCUCCCCAGAGUCCGUUAUGAGGAGAAAACACAUAUUGCUUUCCACUCUGGGCUGAAACAUGAACAAAUUGAUAUUUGGUUUAUUUAUUUUCUUUGUAAGACUCCGUCUUUCCUCUCCUAAGUCUUCAUGAUAUCUUCUUUUCAUGAAAAAAUAACAGAUGAAUGUAUCACCGCAUUUUCCGGACUAUAGAGCGCACCGCUAUAUAAGCCACACCCACUACAUUUUUAAAAGGAAAAGGUAUUGUUCCAUAUAUAAGCCACACCGGACUAUAAGCCGCAGAUAUAUACGUUGUGAAAUGAGUUAUUUACACAGAAAUGUUUUGUAAAUGUUUAUAAACAUACCUUAAUUGUUUCCAAAAGGUGCCUGUAGCACGGCAGUAAAACGGCUGAUCCAACAAAACAGAAGUCAUCGCCAUGGACCCACCAGCUGCGUACGGUAGCUUCCCAAUUAGAUAAACAGACUCAAUAACUCCACGGUCACGUUUGGGGAAUCCAGGAAGCAGGAACAAUGCAAACCUUUGUGUGUUAAUAAUGCUAAUGCCAAUGCUAACAACGCUAGCUUGAUUACAUUACGAUAGCACAUGCUUGAAAACACUCCUAUAGACCAGUGUUUUUCAACCUUUUUUGAGGCGAGGCACAUUUUUUUCAUUGAAAAAAUCCAAAGGCUCACCACCAGCAGAAAUCAUUAAAAUAUGGAACUCGAUAUUGACAAUAAAAAGUCGUGGGAUAUGAAUUUAAACCAUAACUAAGCAUGCAACACUAUAGCUCUUGUCUCAAAGUAGGUGUACUGUCACAUCACACCCUGACUUAUUUGGACUUUUUUGCUGUUUUCCUGUGUGUAGUGUUUUACUUCUUGUCUUGCGCUCCUAUUUUGGUGGCUUUUCCUGUUUUGUUGGUAUUUUCCUGUAGCAGUUUCAUGUCUUCCUUUAAAGCGCUAUUCCUCGCAUCUACUUUGUUUUAGCAAACAAGACUAUUUCAGUUGUUUAUAUCCUUCUUUGUGGGGACAUUGUUGAUCGUCAUGUCAUGUACGGAUGUACUUUGUGGACGCCAUCUGCUCCACACGCUGUAAGUUUUUGCUGUUGUCCAGCAUUCUGUUUUUCUUCACUUUGUCGCCGGUUCAGUUGUAGUUUCGUUCUGCAUAGCCUUCCCUAAGCUUCAAUGCCUUUUUUUAGGGGAACUCACCUUUUGUUUAUUUUUCAGUUUAAGCAUUAGACACCUUUUUUACCUGCACACUGCCUCCCGCUGUCGUCUGCAUAUUGUGAUAACGACAAAGCAAUUGGCUACCUGCUGCCACCUACUGAUAUGGAAGAGUAUUACGUGGUUACUCAGACACUCAACAACAACACAUCAUUUGCAGACUAUAAUUACUGGUUUGCAAAAAAUAUUUUUUACCCCAAAUAGGUGAAAUUAGAUAAUCUCCCACGAGACACCAGACCGUAUCUCACGGCACACUAGUGUGCCGCGGCACAGUAGUUGAAAAACACUGCUAUAGACAUCACACAUGUGACGGUUUCCCAAGUAUGAGUUGUUUUUGUCAUAUUGUCAAACUUGCAAACAAUGUUUGGAGUGAUGAGUGAAGAAUCCAUACAAGUAGAAACGCUAUGGAUGAUUAGAAGACAGAACGGCACUUGUACUUCCGGUCGAAAGCACUAAACAGAAGGAAGUGCUGUAGAUGUUCACCCUGCAGUGAGCAAACUCGUCCGAAAUACCGCGCCACAGCACCAGCAAUAACGCACCCGUUCAGUUUCUGUUGAAAACUAAUUCGAGCAAAUAAAAAUGCAUAAAGUAGCCUCACUGUUUUGUAAGCCGCACAAUCCAAUGCUUAAGAAAAAAGUAGCCGAUUAAGGUCCGUAAUUUACGAUAAUUGGUGUUACAUGAGAAAAAUGUACCUCUUUGUUCUUGCAUGAUGUACUUCCUAAUAAAGUUGUUUAUUUCUG